AAGCUCCUUCAGCUGCAUUCUAUUUGCUCUUCUUGUGAACAGGUUCACAUAUACUGCCUAAAGAUGUCUACCAUCAUGGAAAACAUCAUUGCCAUCAUUGAUCUAUUCGAAAAAUAUUCAGAAACAGAUAAAGAAACUGAAACUCUGAGCAAAAAAGAGCUGAAGGAACUUCUGGAAACAGAGUUUCAGCAAAUUCUGAAAAAUCCAGAUGACCCUGACAUGGCAGAUGUCUUCAUGGAAAUGCUAGAUAUAGACCACAACGAAAAAAUUGAUUUCACAGAAUUUCUGCUGAUGGUAUUCAAGCUGGCUCAAGCAUAUUAUGACUCCACAAAGAGUCAAAAUUACAGAAAAUCAAGUUCAAAAGGAAAAAGGCAUAGAAAUUUUGAUGAAAAUGAAACAGAAGAUGGAGAAGAAGAUGUGGAAAUUGAAAGAAACAGAACAUCAAGGCAUUCAAGAAAAGAUAGAAAGUCAAGAUCAAAAGGCACAACAGGAAAAGGAAAAAACAAACAUAGGACGAGGUCUGGAGAGCAUGGAAGAAGUAACUCAAGCAAAGGAACAAAAAGAGAACAUACACAAAGACACCAUGAUACAAAGGUAAAGAACAAAAAGAGAUCUAACUCAUCUGAAAUCAGAGAGAUAAGAACUGGCCCCAGGGCAGGACAGGAGACCCACCGCGAGCACUCAGCGGACAGCUCCCGGCGCCACGGCACGGGGCAGGGGCAGGGGCAGGGGCAGUCCACCUCCCGGGGCGACAGACGCCGAGAAGCCAGCUUCAGUCAGGCCAGCGACAGCGAAGGGCACUCGGAAGACUCGGCCAGGCAAUCCCCAUCCGCCCACGGAAGGUCCGUGUCCACGCCGAGGACCCACCAGGGAUCUACCCAGGGCCACGCAAGAGACAGCUCCAGGGACACCGGGUCGCGUCAGGGACAGACUGCUAGACGACACACGCAGUCGGACACCGCUCACGGGCACUCAGCCUCCAGCUCGAGGGGAGGACAGGGGAGCCGUCACCAGCAGGGGCCAGACGGCUCCAGAUGUCUUAAGGGUCCAGUUCAGCUACAGAAGCUCCUUAGCUGUAGUUAG